AUGGCAUACACCACAGACAGCUCAACUACUGGACAGUUAUUGAAUCGCUUGUAUAAAAAGAUUGAACGAACAACACACCAAGAUCCGCAUCUUGGGUUAAUCAUUGCUUCACAUCACUUCAUCGAGCCUCCCCCUCUUGUUAACGAGAUUGACCUACUCUGUCUUGCGACCAUGUCUCUCUUAAUCCAGUUUGCUUACCCAUCCUUAUCUGGUUACGGUAAGUUCACAAUUUCCUUUACCAUGAAGCGAUCUUACGGAGAGGAGAUCUCAUUUACGCUAGGUCCUGCUAUCCCCUUGACUGAUCCCGAUGGUAAGUUAAUUCCAAUGAGUGAGGUCUAUGCUCAUAUAUCUCGAUCAAUUAUGAAAUAUGCAGAAAUCUACAACGGAGAUUAUAUAGUUCGACUCAUGAUCCGAGUCUAUAUGGACGGCAAAAAGAUGGAUAGGCCAGCCCUAUCUUCAGAGGAGAGAGAUAGCUCACUUUCUUCAAUCAUUCAAGCCGGAUUGAGUGAGAUCGAGCCAAUAACAGCAAGAGAGAUCCGAAAUCGUAAUCGUAGCUAUCCAACCCAUAUCACAGCACUCAAACCAUGUCGCACUGAGCUGAAACCAUUCAUUGUAGCCGAUACGGAGACUCUACUGAUCGAUAAUGUUCAUAAGCCUUAUGCUGCAGGUCUCUUGAUGGUUCGUCCCGGUGAACAGAUCUAUGAUAUUCUGAUUGAUAGCUACUUCAGUGAAGACUACUCUAUAAUCUUGGAUUCCUUUGAAGAAAGGAGUACUAAGGUACUUUAUGACUUGGUAUUAAGGAUAUCAACGAUUGUUAGACAAGAACAAUCCCCUUUAACAAUUUACUUCCACAACUUCUCUAGAUUCGAUGGAAUUCUCUUGCUUAAGCACCUAGCAUGUCAUCACAAGAGCUACAAGCUAAAACCACUGAUGAGGAACCAUAGGCUAUACGAGUUAGCUGUCUAUUCUGGUACGAAGAUGUUAUUCCGCUUCAGAGACUCCUUGAAUCUACUCCCUGGCAAACUUGCCUCCCUAGCUAAGAAUCUAUGCCCGGGUCUUGGCCCGAAAGGCUCUAUCGCAUAUGAUGAGGUGACACUGUCAAAUCUGGCAAGUAUGAAAAAGAACUUGUUAGACUAUAUGAAGCAGGACAUCCUUCUCCUUGGAGGUGUAAUGCAAAAAGCUCAAGAGAUAUAUUGGGAAGCUGUACAAGGUGGACAUAGAAAGCAAGAUAACCCUUUCCUCACUUGCUCUUAG